AUGGUCGAAGACGAUCCUGAUAGCUCGUCCGACGAAAACGGGCCUCCAACCUCUGAGGAUGCCAGUUUAGACUCAGACAGCGAUACGAAUUAUCCAAACACUGUUGACAGCAGAUGGGCUGUAUGGAUCAAUGCGGAGUUGCGUAAGAAAUCGAAGCUAAGCGCAUUCAACAAAACCGCUCAUGAGUUUGUACCUAACGGCAUUGUCGAUGAACUAAUCACGGAGAAGGCGAUUCGCGGUUGUCUGAAAGCGAGGAAAGGAGAGCAUAUAGCACUGGUCGACUUCAUCUUGACACACGCGAAAACCGCAUUCGCCAUAGCUACUUUCGCAAGACUCAACUCUCACAGAGUCAUGAACUGGUUCCUGAAACACGAGUUUAGCGAUGAGGACCUACCUGUUAAGGAGCAGACCGGACCAUGGACUCAGAGCUGGCGGGUCGACUUCUAUGAUGCGCAGUGGAGAUUCUGUGCACCGGUUCUUAAUCUCAGCAAGCACAUUCACGACUUCGAAGAGGCUCUGAUCCUUCCGGUUGUGUCUAUGUCUCCUGUGGGAGGUCAAGGCGCUUUCGGCAUGGUCUCACAGUACGAGAUACAUGGUAAUCACAUAGUCCCCAAACCAGCAAAUACUGAACAGUUUGCUGUGAAGGAAAUCAUAGAGCAAGCGGACAGCCAGGAUGUUGCUGAACAUUGGGAGAAGGAAGUCAAAGCUCUCCGAAUGAUGAAUGAGCUGAACCAAGAACACAUCGUUAGAUUCAUUACAGCGUUUCGUCGUCUCAGAAGAAGUGGAGUUGAGGAGCAUUAUGUCAUGUUCGAGUGGGCUAACGGCGGUAAUCUGCGAAACCUAUGGGAAAGAGUUCGGUUCCCGGACUUGGAAGGCUCACUGGUGAAAGACACCAUUAAACAGAUAUUGGGCCUGGCUUCUGCGCUUCAAGCAGCACACAACCUUAACAAAACAGAAGCUUCCUACCGUCAUGGUGAUCUUAAACCAGAGAACAUUCUCAUAUUUAAGACUGGCGAAGAGACUCUGGGAACACUCAAGAUCGGUGACUGGGGUGAAGCAAAGUACCAUGGGGAAAAUCAAGUCACGGAAAUGCGUUCGAAGAAAACCACGGCGCGCUUUGGUACUCGCCGCUACGAAGCCCCCGAAGUAGUGACAGGUAUCAAGGUUAAACGAGAGAAUCAGCCCGAGAAGCGUCGGUCACGACUUUACGAUAUUUGGGCAAUGGGCUGUAUUACUCUAGAGUUUAUCGUCUGGUUGUUGUACGGACUGGAUGGCCUCAACAAGUUCAACCAAGACGUCGACGGUGACACUUUCUAUCAAACCAGCAUCGAGAACGGCAUCAAAGUGGCUCGACUCCAUGACGCCGUUGUUCGCUGGAUGGAUCACAUGGCAAAUGAGCCCGCUUGUGAACUUGGUAGUACUGCCAUUGGGGACCUCCUAGAUAUCGUCAGAAGCUCUCUAUUGGUUGUCAAGUUGCCGAGUCGUGGUGGUCUUUCCUUCAUGACUGCUAUCAAUGAGGCCGAUGAGACUGCGGAAGCAGAUCGACCUCGUGCGGAUUCGCUAAUCGACCAUGAUGCGGGGCGACCCGCUCGAUCAGAUCAGAUCUCUGAAAUGGACUCGCUCGCGGUGUUAGACACGCGUCCACCCGGCGUAGUUCCAGCGUUCGUGGUAACGGGAGCCGAAGGAGAUACCGAAGACUCUAUACAGGAUAUCCAGCCUGUACAACCUCUGCCCGGGCUCUCCGGGCCUGCAAGAUGUCUUGCUUCCACUUUCAGUGAUAAAGUAGAUCAGAUCUGGUGCGAAGACGAUAUUGUGGGAUACUGGGACACACAUACGCACCAUUUACGCGUGCCAGUGGGUCUCGCCAGCUCCUCUACUCUUCAGGUGGUGGACAAUCGCAACGGAGCAGCAAGCGAAGACCAAGCUAACUACGACCCCUCUGAGCUCGAUGAGCACGAUUGGAAACUUCGUCUGGACAACUCGGUCGCAUCGAGCUUCCUGUCUGGCCUGCGUGAGAAUGGCAAGCUCGAGAUCCAUCAGCUUCACAGUUCCACUAAGCUGUGCGAUCGAUGCAAAGAGUUUCGCACUCGAUUUGGCCCAACUUUCGACAUAACCUAUAAUCCUGACAAGCUUCACGAGAAUACCGAUGCUGGAACGUGUGACAUGUGUACACUGCUCUGGCAUGUUUGCAAGGAUACCGGUAGCAAAAGGAUGCAAGCCAUACGGCUCGAUCGUAAAGCCGCUUUCCUGGAAUUGGAGCAUAACCACAAGCUCGUGCUCUCUGUCGUUCGCGACCCAGCAGUGAAUAUGCCAGGAUCCAGUGAUUUCCAGACCGGAUUUGUCGAGCUCCCAGAAGCGGGGGGGAUCACACACCUUGAAGUCGUCAGAUCUUGGUUGGACAAUUGCGACACCAACGAGGAGCAUAAAUGCAAGCCCCAUGUACGAAAUAACGGUGUUAAUGGAAGCUGUUCCGUACGUAUGCCCACCAGGCUGAUUGAUGUUGGUGUUGAGGGGGAUCCUAAAGUGUACCUGCGGAAGACUGAGGGUCACGAUGACGUGCAGUGGAUUGCCUUGUCGCAUAAGUGGGGUCAGAACAAUUACUCCACCACAAAGGACAACGUCCAGUCACAUUCCACAGGUCUGGACUACGACACCUUACCUGCCACCUUUAAGGAUGCGGUGAGAGUCACCCGAGCCCUGAACCACCGGUAUCUCUGGAUCGACUCGUUGUGUAUCAUUCAGGGCGAUGAUGGUGACUUCGAGACAGAAGCCAAGCGUAUGGAGGACGUGUAUAGCGGUGCAUACUGCGUCAUUGCGGCGACCCGUGCUGCUGAUCAUUACGCUGGCUUUCUCGGUCCGCGGAAGCCUCGCAAGUACGUCGGCUUGGUCAAGGACGGCAAGAAUGAGACGCCGUACUACAUCUGCGAGAACAUUGAUGACUUCCAGUCCCACGUACUCGACGGUGAUCUAAACGGUCGCGGGUGGGUUCUCCAAGAGCACGCUCUCGCGCGGCGCACGAUCUUCUUCACCGAAUAUCAAACCUACUUCGAGUGCAGUAUUGGUGUACGAUGCGAGACAUCAACAAAACUGGAGAACUCCCAUGCAGCAUUCCUGGGUGACGCCGACUUUCCCAACGUUCUCUACAGAGCCUCUCAAGCUGAUAAGAUCGUUCGGAUCCAAGAGCUGUACAAGAAAUAUUCCAAGUUGGGACUCUCCAAGUCAUGGGAUCGACCUGUUGCUAUUGAUGGCCUGCAGUCACGAUUGCUACGCACUUUGCGUGUCGUUGGUGAUUUCGGCAUUCUGGAAGGUGCAACUCGAGGUUUGCUCCGCCGGACUUUGCUGUGGCGACGGCAUACCGACACAACCACGAUGUCGCGCAUCGACUUUGCUAAGGCUCCAACGAAGACGAAGUUGCAUAUACCUUCUUGGUCCUGGAUGGCUUACACCGGAAGCAUCGACUAUGUCACUAUCGACUGGGGUGCCUACACAUGGGAAAACAUUCAGUCGCCGUGGUCGCAAGAUCACAACCGCUUCAAUGUCGAUCCUGAAACUGCGAAGAUGACAAUAGUCGCGACGGCUAGUCAGUAUGAUCUUGGCGCAGCAACUCAAGCAGAGAUCGACCUCAUCUUCGACAGCCCCGAAAAGGCCUUACCGUCUCUGUCACUUUGUGUAGUGCUGGGUAAGGCAAAGAACAGCGCGGUGGCAAAGGAUCAAAAGAAUUGUCUGCUGAUUGUGAAGCCAAUUACACGUUCAGACGGAAGCACUGUGUACGAGCGGAUUGGUACAGGCUUUCUCCCUGGCAAGUGCAUAUCUCCGAAGACGGACAUUAUAAAGAUCUGCUGA